AUGCCUAAUGCUAUCUCCGGUAUGCCAACAUCGGUUUCAACACCAUCUAUUCCUUUACAUUUUCCUUGUUCUCAACAGCUACCAAAUAUUUCAUAUACUUCUUCAACUGAUACACAUUCAUCAACUAAAGCACAUACUUCAGAAUUGCUUUUAUUAGCAACUUAUUUUGAUAUUGGAAUAAUACGAACAUUAUUUAUUCCAUCAUGGUUAACAGAUGGUUAUUUAUGGUGUUUAGAAUAUUUACAUAAACGUAUGAUUAAUAUAUCGGAUGAAAUUUUAUCUGAUGCUUUAACAACUGGUAUAUUACCAAUAAAUAUUCUUCGUUGUAAAAGUCUUUCAAUGCCACAACUAAAAAUCCUAAAUAAAUAUAAUUAUUAUAAAUAUUUAGAAAAUAAUUAUUUUAAUGAACAAAUAACACAAAAUAUAGUUGAACAACAAUGCAUGACAACUACAACGUCUAAUUCAAUUAAACAAUCAUCGAAAUUAUUAAAUAUACCUUUUCAAUAUUUUUCUGAUAAAUUUUCAUACGAUAAAAAAUACAAUCGAAAAUAUAAUUUUUAUAAGAAAAAAAGUAGAAUUCAUUAUAUUGAUGAAGAUGGUAUUGAACACUUGGAUUUAGCUAAUAUUGGUCGUCAUAAUGAUUUGCGUGCAUCAUCAUCACCACAAAGUAGUCGAUUUCGUUCACCAGAUCCAACAUUAUUAUUAUUUAAAGCAUCAAUAUUGAACAAUAAAGAUACAAUUCGUCAAUCUGCUGAUUUCGAUAAUAACAUAAAAGAAACAUCUACUACUACACCAACAACAAAUUUGAAUGCAAUGAAAACUUAUAGUGUUAGUGAUUCAGAUAUAAAUUAUAAAUUUUUAGAAGAAAUUGAAGAAGCACAAGGUUCAAAUGGAUAUAUCAAUCGAAAUGGUACAAUUAAUUUUGGUGUUAUUUUAGCUGGUAUACAUGCUGUUAUAUGUAAAGAAUAUCAUUUAAAAGCUUGUGAAUUAGUUAUGAAUAUUCUUGAUGUUUUAUUUGGUUUGGCUGUUAUAUCAUCAGCAGAAGAUGAAAUCUAUAAAAAAAAAUUAUCAACUGAUGAAAAUAAUCAUAUGACAACAACAGAUGAUAGAGCAACUGGACAUAUCGAAGGAUGGUUAAAGCAGAUUGAUGCAAUAGAAGAUGAAAAAUUUCAAUUAGCUCUGGAUAUUAUCUUAAGAAUACUCAAACGAUUAGGUUGUUCAAAUUGUCAAGCACGUGGUCGUAGUUUUACUAUUGAUCAAUUACGUGGUAAAGCACGUUUACUAUUAAAUAAACUUCGUUUACUCCAUCAACAUCGAUUUGAAAAAUGCUUUCUAAACUUUGCUGUUCAUGCUGAUCUUGUUCAUAUACUUGAUAUAUUACAUGUUUUAUGUGGCUAUUGUGUUGAAUCAAAUACUGGUCUCGCUCAUUAUGCGCCCUAUAUUCCAACUAAACCUGAUAUACAUUUACGUCAAACAUAUUCAAAUAAUUUUGGUAAUACUCAUCUUGGUAUAGGACCAAAAGGUAUUGAUGGUUUUAUAUUAAAUAUUAUAUUUAAGCCAUUGGCUAUUCGAUUAAAUAAGAUGGAAGAAUAUUUACUAACUCCGGAAAAUGUUAUUUUAUAUAGUGAAUGUCGAGCUUUUUUAAUUUAUAUUAAAGAAAAUCAUGGUGGAAUAUUUCGUUUAGCACUAUUUUCAUCAUUAAUUGAUCCAGAAAAAAAACUUCAAAUAUUACGACAAACAAUAAAAGAUAAACUUAUUCAACAAAAUGAUAGUAGAAUAAAAAUUUCUCGUAAUCAUGGUUCAACUGACGAUAUUAACGAAAGUAUUGAUCAACAAUUACAAACACAGCCUACUACAGAAGGACAAUCACCAAUUAAUAGUACUCAACUAUUAAGUGGGUCACUACCGGGAUGUGAUGAUUAUAGUUCAUAUGAACCUCAAGAAGAGAAUUUAUACGUUGAUUUAACACUUGUUCGUACGGGACUAUUACGUUUGAAUUGUCUUAUAGAAUCAUGUCCGCCGGGUUCAUUACCUGAUCCGCAAUUCCUUGAUAGUCUACUCUUUUUGGAUGCACCAAUUAUUUCUAAAGCAGCAUUUCUUAUUGAAUGUGCACAUUAUGUUCGAUGUUGUUCAUUAGGACAAUGGCCCGUAUGGAUGCGUAUGAAUAUGACAACAUUUCGUCCACAUGAUACAUGUACUGGACGUGCAAGUGUAAAUGUAAAUUUAAAAUUAAAUAAAAUAUAUCAAGCAGCAGCAGCUAGAAUGUUUUAUAUUUGGGGUGAUGCUCUUUCAUCACAACUUGAAUCUAUAUUAGAUAUUGAACAACAACAAAAUUCAACAACAUAUUUAUGGAAUAAGGAUGAAAUAUUUGAAGAUUAUUAUAAUGAAGCAAUUGUUAAUCCUUCUGGUCAUGAUUGUCCAUAUUCAUUAAAAUUAAUAGUAUGUUUACUUCUUUACGAAAUUACAUCAUUUCUACGUGAAACAUAUGAAACAUUACCAAAACUUUCAACAUUACAAACAGGAGGAGUUAAUAGUCAACAACAACAACGCACUAAUAAUUCACAAAAUAUUGUCGAUACAUCAUCAAGUAUUACAGAUAAACGUUUAUCAGGUCGUCGACGUAAAGAUAGUGUUGUUUCACAAGCAUCAAAUAGAAGUACAGUUUCAUUAUCAAGUGAACAGCAACCACAUUCACCACAAAUGUUAUCAACAACAAUAAUAAAUAUGAAUCCAUCAACUUAUGAACGACAUAUUAGUUUUGCUAUUAAGAGAGAAAAUGAUUCAUAUGAAAAUCAUCAUACAGCUGUUAUUAUGAAUGAUGAUGAUGUUAUUGGAGUUGCAGAUGGAUAUUCAGCAUCUAUUUCAUUGGCAGCAAAUAAACGAAGAAGUGUAGCUAGUUGCACUGUGAAGUCAAAAUUAAAUCGACGAAAUAGUAUUAAAUUAACAAAACUACCAAUAAGAAUGAAAGAUACUGGAAAAACUGCACAUCGUUCAUCGUUUCGAGCACGGCGUCGUAGUCAUGUAUCAAAUAAUUCAAGUGAAGCUGAUUUUCAUCAAAAUAAUAUUGAAUAUUCAACUAUGGAACCAACAAAUGAAUAUCCAACUUGUACUGAUGAUGAAUAUGAUCUUGAAAAAUUUGAUAAUAUUAUUAAUACACGACCAUUUCCAUGGACAAAAGUUAUUAUAAGAAUAUUUAAUAAUGUUAAUUUAUCAUGUGAUCAUCAAAUAAAAUGUUUACCGAAUUGUUAUGAAAAACAAACAAAAAGUUGUAAAAAUCUUCUCAAUGCAUUAUUAAAUAUGUAUCAAUUAUCAUCAUUAUGUUCUCAUUCAUCAUCAACACAAACAAAUUUAAAAUCUCCUGAGACAAUACCACAUAAAACACAACGAUUUUCAACUUAUUUUUUUGGUGAACAAUCUACUGAUUUACAUAUGAAAAAAAAAAUAAACACACAUUUUAAAACUAUUUCGACUUAUCUUGAAAAACAAGUUGGAUCAUUAAUACAAAUUCCAUUAAUGAUACUUUGUAAAUCAUCAGUUUUAUUAGACGAUGAGCAUUAUUCACAAAUUCUUCCUCUAUCUUGGGAAUUAUUACUUGAUGGAAAUGAAGAAUUAUCUUCUUGUGCUGCAACAAUUGUUAUCCUUACAGCUGCUCGGGCUAAUCACCUAAUUCUUCCACCAAGUAUUGAAUUUGUUUUACCAUCACCAACACUUGGUGUGGCUAAUCUUCAAACAGUUGACCCACCCUGGAUGCCAUAUGUUAAAACACUUGUUCAACAAGUUGCACUUAAUCAAGAAGAAGUUCGAGCUGUUGUUACAACUAGUAAAACACGGAAGAAACAUCAACAAGAAUUAAUACAUUCAGCAUUAAUGACAGAAGAAAUAAGUAAACGUGUAGCAAGAGAAAAUUUUUCGAUGUCAAUUGUUUCAAUGUUACGAGCGGCAUCAUUUGAACCACUUUUGCAUCAGUCGAGAGAUGAUGAAGAAGAAGCACAUGUUGAUGAUGAUCGAACUGUUGAUGCAAGUAUACAACUUUGUCAAGCACAAGGAACAUUUCCAUCGGUAUUGGGUGCAGCAAUUUUUCAUCUUGUUGAAAUGCUUGAAGAUGAAGAAAUUACUGACAAUGGUGCAAUAAUAUCUGGAGCAGCUCGAAAAGUUCUCUGGACUUGUUUACUUGAUGAACCAACAUUACUUAUUCGUUUCUUUUUUGAAAAAAUUUCACAUAAAGAACGUCGUAUAAAAUCACUUCAAAGUCUUCAUCGUCUUAUGAUCUAUUUUACCGAUAUUCCACCUCAAUUUGCUCAUGCUACUUUCAAUUAUGUUCUUGGUUUAUUAUUAAGUAUGGUACGUUCACCACUUGAUGGUUCACAAGAAUUAAUUGCUAAUGGUCUUGCAUUACUUUGGCAAAUAAUACCUUAUCUUCAUGGUCUUGUUUUAAAAGAUUUAAAACAAAUUUUACGUAAAGAACAAGCUGAAAUGCUCAUAUUAGUAACUGGAAAUAUCCCAUCAACAAAAAAAGUUAUUAUUCAUGGUCCUGAUGUAUCACAAAUUCCAACACAAGCUAUUAUAUCUGACGAUACACAAUUUAGUAAUGUUUUACAAGAAGCAUUAGAAUUUUUCGGUAUUCCUGAUUUAAAACGUGAUCGAUAUUAUUUAGUUGAUGUUAAAACAGGACAAAUUCAUAUACCUGAUACUUAUGUACGAGAUUUUUAUUUUUUUCGACGAAAUAUUCAUCCACAAUUAUCAUUAGUUUAUAUGGAUAUAAAGCAAUCACAACAAGAACUUGAACAAAUGUCUAUUUUUUUAAAGACAACUGAAUUAUCAAAAGUUUUAUUUGCACGUUAUUUACUUGAAAAUACACCAUUUAAUCAAAUACAUAAUUGUAUUACAUUUUUUCAUGAUGAACUUAUUAAAAGUCCAUUAUUUCCACGUAAAGCAUUAGAAUCAGAUUUUAAUUUAUAUACAACAAUACACAACAAAGAAUUAUUUCAUGUAGAUAUGUUACAUAAAUAUAAUUGGAUCAAAUUAAUUGCAUGUAUAUUUUUUAAUAUGGAUGGUAAAACCACUACAACAUCGGAUAUAAUUCUAUUUCUUUCCGUAAUCAAUGGUUCAUUUAUAUUACAUUGUGAAGACUUAGCUAUGCUACGUUUUUGUCUUGCAACUUAUAUAAAUAUCGUUAAACAUUUUCGACAUAUAUUUGCCACGAAUGGGUAA